GGAACUGCAGGCGUCCAGCAGCGCAGGAGAGAGGACUUUGGGAAAGGUAUUGCCGGAAGGGGCUUCUGCCACGGUGGACUAGCGCUGGGGGGAAGGCCUUUAGGCGUGUAGGACUUCAUCCCCCCUCCUAGUGGAUUCUAAGGCGAGACGCGGGUCCCCAGUUCCCGCGAGCUUUUUCCACACUGGCCGCUAGGCUGGGGAACUUGACCGGAUGGGGGCGGGGUUCGAGAUCUUGGAGUAGUGGUCUUGAGACUCCGCAUUUCAGGCAGCGCCCUCCUUCCUGGCUUCCGUUUUCUCCCUGCGCUUUCAGUUCUGGGGCAAAUCGCCGCGCUCUUCCCAGCUCGCAUCCCGCUCCAGGCUUCUUGGGACUGCACCGGUACGGCCACAUGGCCGACAAGAAACUGGUGGUGGUUUUUGGAGCCACAGGUGCCCAAGGGGGCUCAGUGGCCCGAACACUCCUGGAAGAUGGGACUUUCAGGGUUCGAGUGGUAACCCGGAACCCUGGGCAGAAGGCAGCCAAGCAGCUGAGGAGGCAAGGUGCAGAAGUAGUGCAAGGAGACCAGGAUGACAAAGCCAGUGUGGAGCUAGCCCUGACUGGAGCUCAUGCUGCUUUCAUUGUGACCAACUACUGGGAAAACUGCAGCCAGGAGCAAGAAGUUAAGCAGGGAAAGCUGCUGGCUGAUCUGGCCAAGAGCCUUGGUCUCCAUUACGUGGUCUACAGUGGACUGGAGAACAUUAAGAAGCUGACAGCUGGGAGGUUGGCAGCUGGCCACUUUGAUGGCAAAGGGGAAGUGGAGGAAUAUUUCCGAGACAUCGGUGUUCCCAUGACUAGUGUGCGGCUCCCCUGCUAUUUUGAGAAUUUCCUCUCUUUCUCUGCCCCAGAUGGAAAGAGCUACUUGCUGAACUUGCCCAUGGGUGAUAACCCCAUGGAUGGCAUGGCUGUGAGCGACCUGGGUCCUGUGGUGCUCAGCCUGCUGAAGAGGCCAGAAGAGUACGUGGGGCAGAACAUUGGGCUCAGUACCUGCAGGCACACUGCAGAGGAGUAUGCUGCACUGCUCACCAAGUACACCGGCAAGACUGUGCAUCACACCAAGAUAACUCCUGAGGACUAUGAGAAGCUUGGCUUCCCUGGAGCCCGUGACCUGGCUAACAUGUUCCGUUUCUAUGCCCUGAACCCUGACCGCAACAUCGAGCUGACCCUACGUCUCAACCCCAAGGCCCAGACACUGGACCAGUGGCUGGAACAGCACAAAGGGGACUUCACCCAGCUCUGACCUCCACUUUACAGCCCUGGGCCAGGAGACAGGAGAUCCAGAUGCACACACAAUCAUCCUUUCUUGUGUACAGAAAUUGUUUUUUGAAAUAAAGCCUUUGUUCCCCCAGAUGACUUCCGAAAGAAAAGGGCUCUGUUUCUGUGGGAUAGGGUGGCAGCUUCUGGGACAUGAAUCACAUGAAAAUUUCAGAAGGCACAGAAAGGCUAAGAU